AUGUCCGCUGCAAAGAUCAAGGCCCAGCAGAUCAUUAACGAGAACGGCGUUGUGGUUUUCAGCAAGAGCUACUGCCCGUACUGCAGAGCCACCAAGUCAUUGCUGAACGACAAGCAUGCAAACUAUUUCCUGAUGGAGUUGGAUCAAGUUGACGACGGCGCUGCACUUCAAGAUGCCCUGGAGGAGAUCACUGGCCAGCGCAGCGUCCCCAACAUCUUCAUCGCACAAAAGCACAUUGGUGGAAACUCAGACAUCCAGGCAAGGAAGGGAGAGCUUGACGGUCUUUUGAAGAGCGCAGGUGCCAUCUAA